GCCAGUGUCCGCAGGCGGCGGCUGGCGCGUUUGGUGCCGCGGCUGCUGGAGGGAAAGGCCUCACCUGGCGGCGGCCGGCAGAGCCGCGUUUCCUGCGGGGGCCGCUCAGUGUCCCUCCAGGUAGAACGUGGGAAGAGGGCUGCCCAGGGCCGAGGCUUCCGGAGCCGCAUCAUGGACCCACUGGAGCCGCCUGUCCCUCCUGCCCCCAGUGCAGAAGGAAAUGAAGUGAAAUACGAUACGAACAAUAACGAAGAGGAGGAGGGAGAACAGUUUGAUUUUGACAGUGGAGACGAGGCCCCGGAGGCAGACAGAGGGGCCCCGGGCGCCCCCGAGGCCGGGCACGCGGGCACUGACGCCGCCUCCACCGGCUCAGGAGGGGAAGACGGGGCCGACAUGGGUGUGCCGGCGGAACCGACCAAACUCGGGGUCCCGGCUAGAGUGAACCCCUACUCCGUCAUCGACAUCACGCCCUUCCAGGAGGACCCGCCCGCGCCCCCGGACCCCGAGGCUGAGGAGGAGGGCGUGAGCCUGCACGUUCCCAGCGGGUACUCGGUGCCUGUGCCCUGCGGCUACGCUGUGCCCUCCGGCCUGCCUGCCCUGCUGCCGGCCUACUCCAGCCCCGUCGUUGUGCGCCCCGCGUCCCCGGAGGAGGCAGCGGAAAUACCAGAAGUAGCAGAAGACGGCCAGUUUAAUUCCUUAAGUUCUGAGGACCCAGCAAACAGUGAGGAUCGGGUCCAUGCCGAAGACAGUGCCCUGGCCCGCUGGGUGGCAGAUCCCGCCAACACUGCCUGGAUGGAGAAUCCAGAAGAAGCCAUUUAUGAUGACGUCCCAAGAGAGAAUUCAGACUCUGAACCAGAUGAGAUGAUUUACGAUGACGUUGAGAACGGAGAUGAAGGUGGAAACAGCUCCAUGGAGUACGGAUGGAGUUCCAGUGAGUUUGAAAGUUACGAAGAGCAGAGCGACCCCGAGAGCAGGAAUGGGGUCCCCCGGUCCUUCCUGCGCAGCAGCCACAGGAAGCAGAUGCAGAAGCUCAUGAAGGCUGCCAAGGAGGGCACCCGGGACGGGCUGGAGAAGACCAAGGCCGCCGUGAAGCGAGGACGCUGCUUCAUCAGGACCAAGUCCUUCAUUUCUCAAGAUCAUAGGCCUGGUCUCGAAGAGGAGCAGAGCUUGUUCAUCGACGUGGACUGCAGGCACCCGGAAGCUGUCUUCACCCCGAUGCCCGAAGGCCUCUCUCAGCACCAGGUGGUCAGAAGAUAUAUUCUGGGUUCAAUUGUGGACAGUGAGAAGAACUACGUGGACGCCCUCACGCGGAUCCUGGAGCAGUACGAGCGGCCGCUGGCGGAGAUGGAGCCGCGGGUGCUGAGCGACCGGAAGCUGAAGGUGGUCUUCCACCGGCUCCGGGAGGUCCUGCAGUGCCACCGCCUGUUCCAGAUGGCGCUGGCCAGCCGCGUGGCCGAGUGGGACUCCGUGGAGAUGAUCGGCGACGUCUUCGUGGCCUCUUUUUCCAAGUCCAUGGUGCUGGACGCCUACAGCGAGUAUGUGAACAACUUCAGCACGGCCGUGGCCGUCCUCAAGAAAACUUGCUCCACGAAGCCCGCGUUUCUGGAAUUUCUAAAGCAAAGCCAGGAGUCCAGCUCCGACCGGGUCACGCUCUAUAGCCUGAUGACCAGGCCCAUCCAGAGGUUCCCACAGUUCAUCCUGCUGCUCCAGGACAUGCUGAAGAACACGCCCCGAGGACACCCCGACCGGCUGCCCCUGCAGAUGGCGCUGACGGAGCUCGAGACGUUGGCAGAGAAGUUAAACGAGAGAAAGAGAGACGCCGAUCAACGCUGUGAAAUCAAGCAAAUGGCAAAAGCCGUGAACGAGCGAUACCUGAACAAGCUUCUCAGCAGCGGAAGCCGACGCCUCGUCCGGUCGGACGAUAUGAUAGAGACCGUGUACAACGACCGCGGAGAAGUCGUCAAAACCAAAGAGCGGCGGCUGUUCAUGCUGAACGACGUGCUGCUGUGCGUCACGGUCGGCGCCCGCGCCUCCCAGGAUGGCCACGCACUGCUCUCGGCCGGCCAGAGGCACCUGCUGAAGUGGAGCGUGCCGCUGGGCCACGUGGCGGUCAUAGAGUACGGCAACACCGAGGGCGCGGCCGAGCACCCCCCCGAGAGCCUGGCCGUCGUGGCCAACGCGAAGCCACACAGAGUCCACGUGGGGCCCGGGCAGCUGUACCAGGACCUGCAGAACCUGCUUCACGACCUCAAUGUGGUUGGUCAGAUCGCGCAGCUCGUUGGGGACCUGCGGGGACACUACCAGAACUUGAACCAGGCCGUUGCGCACGACUGGACGUCGGGGCUGCAGAGGCUCAUCCUGAGGAAGGGGGAGGAGAUCCGCGCGGCCGACGGCUGCCGGGUUCAGCUGCAGCUCCCGGGCAAGCAGGACAAGUCUGGGCGGCCCACCUUCUUUACGGCCGUGUUCAGCACCUUCACGCCGGCCAUCAAGGAGUCCUGGCUCAGCAGCCUGCAGAUGGCCAAGCUCGCGCUCGGGGAGGACAACCACCUGGGCUGGUUCUGCGUGGAGGAUGAUGGAAACCAGAUUAAAAAGGAGAGACACCCCCUCCUCGUGGGACACAUGCCGGUGACAGUGGCUAAGCAGCAGGAGUUCAAGAUCGAAUGUGCCGCUUACAACCCUGAGCCCCACCCAGGGCCGGUGGGCCUGCCGGACCCGACAGCCGCAGCCCAGGGCUCCCUGUGGAUCGGAAGCUGUACCAGCCAGAUGGGCCAGAUUGCCAUCGUCUCUUUCCACAACUCCAACCCCAAAGUCAUUGAGUGCUUCAACGUGGAAUCCCGCAUCCUCUGCAUGGUGCACAUCCCCGCAGAGCGGAGCCCGGAGCCUGGCCCUGCCACGGAGCCCGGGACCACCGCUGGGAGCACGCUGGGCAUCCCCACCGUCUGCCUGGGGACGGAGGAGGGAAGCAUCUCCAUCUACAAAAGCAGCCCUGAUGCCAAGAAAGUGCGGCUACAGCAGUUCUUCACCCCUGACAAGGCCACGGUCAUGAGCUUGGCCUGCACACCACACAGCCUGUAUGCUGGCCUGGUCGAUGGGGCCGUGGCCGUCUACGCCAAGGCACAAGAUGGGUCCUGGGACUGCGAGCCUCAGAAGGUGAUCAAGCUGGGCGUGCUGCCGGUCCGGAGCCUGCUGGUGGCGGAGGACACCCUGUGGGCGGCGUCCGGAGGUCAGGUUUUCGUCAUCGGUAUGGAGGCGCAUGCCGUGGAGAGCCAGCUGGAGGCCCACCAGGAGGAGGGCAUGGUGGUCUCUCACAUGGCCGUUGCUGGCGUGGGCAUUUGGGUUGCCUUCACCUCUGGGUCCACGCUGCGCCUGUUCCACACGGAGACCCUCAAACAUCUCCAGGACAUCAACAUAGCCACGCCUGUCCACCACAUGCUGCCAGGGCAACAGCGGCUGUCUGUGACCAGCCUGCUCGUCUGCCAUGGCCUGCUGAUGGUUGGCACCAGCCUGGGACUCGUGGUGGCCCUGCCCGUCCCUCGCCUGCAGGGCAUCCCCAAAGUGACAGGGAGGGGCAUGGUCUCCUACCAUGCCCACAGCGGGCCUGUCAAGUUCCUGGUCGUGGCCACUGGGGUCCCCAAGGCAGACAAGGACAAGCCCCAGGACAGCCCGCCCCCCGGCUCGGACCCCCAGGCUGAGGACCCGAAGGAUGCGGCCCCCAGCGAGGGCGCCGGGCCCUGCCUGAGCCCCAGCAGUCCCGACGCCGUCUGGCUGGGGGGUUCGCUGGGUUCUAUGACGCACAAGAGCGACUUGUCUUCGUCGUCGGGGUCCCUGGAGCACAGGUCCGAGGACAGCAUCAUCUACGACCUCCUGCGGCACCCGGGCACCGCGCCCGGGCCAGGGCGGCGAGCCAGGAGGGCCAGGGUCAGCUCGGUGCUGGUGGCCUGCGGAGGCCAGGGUCACCGGCGCGUGGGCAGGCGGCCGCGGCAGCAGCGGCCCGAGGAGCUGGCCUCCUCCAUCAUGGUCUGGCAGAUCCCCCUGCCGCACGUGUGACGGCCGGCCCCGUCCGCACUGGUCGGGGACAACUUACAACAGCCUUCGGGGAAGAAAUGUGCAAUAUCGUGACGGUGGCGUUCCCUGCCCGGCGUCCUCCUUCACGCCGAGAGCCGGGCCGACGCUUGUGGGGAAGGCCGGAGAGGAGCAGCUGCGCGAGGGGCGGUUCUGGGGGUCCGCCCACCGCGGCCCAGCGCCAGCGCUCGACCCUCCAGGCCUCCUCCCACCCGCAGCCCGGGCCAGCGCUGAGCCCUCCAGGCCUCCUCCCACCCGCAGCCCGGGCCAGCGCUCGACCCUCCAGGCCUCCUGCCGGGCCUGCCACUCUGCCACUUAGGGACUUGGCGAGCUAAGAGCUCUCGGGAAAAUACAGCAUCUUCAGUGGCGUAGGGAUUUAUUAACAAUUCUUAAAAUAACUUUCUGGAUUCGGAUUCACUACUUUUAUUUAUAUUGUAUGUCUUUUAAAUUCCAGAGUAGAAUUUGUGACAUGAAGAAAGGCAGGUAACAGGGACCAGUCCAAGGGUGUUUCUCGCUUUCUGACGUGAGCUGGGUUUUCCAAAGUGAGACGAUGUGCGUAUUGUAUAUUUUAACAAAGUAGUAUUUUUAUAUUGCAUUUUUUCUAUUAAAAAUUAACAGCUAAUGCUUUAGUGAAUAUAUUAACUGUAACAUUUCAUAAAUAAUGUUUGCUUUGAACCAAAAUGCUCAGUGCCUGUCAACAUUCAGACUCUGGCGUCGACGCCAGAUUUUCUCCCCGUCAGUAGCAUGGACGGGACACGUCUCCGUCUCGCAGGAAAUGCGUAGCGAGUGUGCGUUGACUCCUUGAUGCUGUUUCUGGCACCUGUUGACGUGAACGCUGUUUCUAGGGUGCGUGCUGAGUGACUCCUGGUCCCGGGGCCUGUGGCUGUGCCAUUCCUGGGAGUGGGACAGGCACAGAGAGGCCCCCCCACCCAAGGGCCUGCCAUUGCACAAGUUUGUUUCUGCCGCCUGCAGCCAGCGGGGGUGUUGCAGUCGCAAGGGGCCAGUGCAUCCCUGCACUCGCCGUGAACUCAGCUCUGCUUCCUGGUGGUGACAGAACUCACCCAGCACUCACCAGAAAUAGCUUUCUUAGCACUUUACAGGUGACUAAAAAUGCUAAUUUUGUGACUCAGCCAAAUAUUCUCCAAGGUGCUUGUCUUGCCCUCACGUGACAGGAACUCCCCCCCGGCUGUCCUAAACUGUUGGCUGCUAUCGUAUCUCAUAAAUAAAGUCUUUUUAUUUAAAA